ACAAAAUAAAUUAAAAAAAAGCCUCUUAAUUUGUUUUCUGAAAAAAAAAAAAAAAAAUGAAUUUCAUCUGUAAAAUGGAGUUGGCUUCUCCAACUUGGGCUAAGUUUCCCAAAAUAUUAAGCACAAAGGAAUCCAAAUUCUGUGUGUAUACCUCAUUAUGCCCAAGUUCAAGCUUGCCUUCAUCAUCUUCUUCAUUGCUUCUUAGCUCUUGUUCUUACAGAAAGGAGGCAAUUUGGUAUCGGAAACAUUCAGCAUCUGCAAUACGCAAUAGUCAACUUAAGGUGGAAGAACAAGACUUAGAUGCAGAAGCUUGUGAGUUGGUUAAUGGGACAGAACUCAAAAUAGGAGAAGGUGAAGAUGCACUUCAUGCCUAUCUCUUCCAAGCUGUCAAGAACAACAAUGGUGCCGGAAUUCUGCUUUUGUCCGAUGUAUUAGGGUUUCAGGAUUCCUAUACUCGGGAUUUUUCCUACCGUGUUGCCUGCAAUGGGUACAACGUUUUAGUGCCAGAUCUUUUCCGGGGCAAUCCAUGGUCGAAGGACCGACCACAAGCUCAGUAUGACGAGUGGCGAGCCACACAAGAUCAAAACACGGUUGCAGAAGAUAUAGCAACAGCAACAAAAUGGAUGGUUGACGAGUUCAUGGCUGCAGAAUCGUCGACAAAACUAGGGGUAGUUGGGUUCUGCUACGGAGGUAGUCGGGUUCUGGAAGUCCUAGCAGGAGACCACGAUUCUGUUUUCGGCGCAGGUGUUUCCUUCUAUGGGGCAAACAUUGAUUCAUCUGUAGUUCGAAAUGUCAAGGUACCGGUUCUGUUGGUAGCGGGUGAUAACGACCCUCUUUGUCCGGUUGAUAAGCUCAACGAGAUUGGAGACACCGUUGGGAUGAACUCGAAGGUAGUAGUUUUUAAGGGUCGAGGACAUGCAUUUGUCCAUAGACCUGAAUCUGCUGAAGAAGACGCGGAUGCAGAGGAAGCUUUCACAAUCAUGAGAAAUUGGCUGCAUAAUAAGUUGCUAGAAAAGGCGUAAGUUGCCUAAUACAAUUCUAUGCGCCUCGUUUAUACUCGUAAGGUACAAGCAUCAAAGGAAAGAAAUGUAAACUAGACAUAUUUCACUACAAGAUCCGAGCAAAUAAGCUAUAAGAUCUUAUUUCUCCCUUUUUUUCCAA